AUGGCCAGAUUCACUCAGACUGAAACAAGAAGGCAGCAGCAUCCACAGCAGCAUCCCCAGCCCACUCUCUGCAGCCUGGUUUACACUGGACCGGGGGCACCAGCGACCCAGCCGCCUACACCACUGCUCCCACAUCAGCACCAGUACCCCAAACCCAUGAACGGCUCAGAACCCAUUUCCAUUCAUCCGGACAACGGCAACAUGAAAGACCAAGAUGCCAUUAAGCUGUUUAUCGGGCAGAUACCGCGGAACUUGGAGGAGAAGGACCUGAAGCCGCUCUUUGAACAGUUUGGGAAAAUCCACGAGCUGACAGUUCUCAAGGACCGCUACACAGGCAUGCACAAAGGCGGAGCUCCUCUCAGGUGGAAUCUGCUCUCAGGCUGGAGCUCCUCUCAUACCUGCAGUUACAACAGGCCCACAUGGACAUGUGCCUGGGUUGAGAUGGUCCCAUGUCGUCCUGGUGUUACAGUCAUUAUAACAGAGACGGUGCCACCUGCGCUCUGCUGGAAGUGCCAUUAUUUGGUGACCUUUGUCCAAUGUAUCGGCCCCAAUUGA